AUGGUAUUUGGCAUUGAGGAUACCCCACUGUUUGUAACGUGGAAGAUUGGUCGAGAUAAACGAUUGCGUGGAUGCAUAGGUACUUUUUCUGCCAUGAACCUGCAUUCAGGACUCAGGGAGUACACACUUACUAGUGCCCUUAAAGAUAGUCGUUUCCCCCCAAUGACGAGGGAUGAGCUGCCACGGCUUUUCUGCUCGGUGUCUCUGCUCACUAACUUUGAAGAUGUAUGUGACUACAUGGACUGGGAGGUGGGUGUACAUGGCAUUAGAAUAGAAUUCAUCAAUGAAAAAGGAUCAAAACGCACCGCCACCUACUUACCGGAGGUUGCAAAGGAGCAAGGAUGGGACCACAUUCAAACCAUAGAUUCCUUAUUGAGGAAAGGAGGCUACAAAGCUCCGAUCACUAACGAAUUCAGGAAAACAAUAAAGCUAACCAGGUACCGUAGUGAGAAGAUGACGAUGAGCUACACAGAAUACCUUGCCCAUCGUCAGCAUCAUCACUUCCAAAAUGGUAUUGGGCACCCCCUUCCACCGUACAACCAUUAUUCCUGACACUGAGCCGCAUGACCAGUCACUGGACCUCUCUGCAGACCUCUUCCCAGGAGACCCUGCCCCUUCUUGGUCUAGCUAUCUCUAUUACUGUACCAUUUUAUGAUGAUAGUUUCCGUUGCCAUGUUGAGGCUUCUUAGUUGGUUAAGCUCAUCAUGGCAACGGGAGGGAAAACUGCAUUACUACAAAGACCCCAUACUUUUUUUAUUAUUGAGUCACUGCAGAUUUUUUUGCAGCAUAUAUAACCCUUGGGUUUUUUAUGAAAUUUUAAAUUUCUACUUCAUUAAUGUUGAAUUAUAUCAAUCAAGGCUUUCUGUGACUGUGGAUGGAAGGAAGAGUUUUAAGGAUUACAGUUAGGGAUGCUUUGCUUAGCAAAAAGGCAUUCAUGGCUUUUGCAUUAAUAGGUGUGACAGGGAAUGAAACAUAUCAGAUUCAGGUAUUAUACUAGACAAUGAAUUGCAUUUUCAUAACGUUCUUAAUAAUGUUGUGUGUACAAUAUCUCACCCCCGGAGUAAAGACUUCAUGUAGCUAUAUACAUGAUCUUCAGAUCCAGCACAUACAGCCACAAUGUCAAGGCUGACAUACAAAAUGCUUUUUUGGAUGAAGAGAAGCAAUUACAUGUACGAUGAGAGGUGAUGUUAACGUGGCAGCGUUUUCAGAAUCAAGUGGUCUUAAUUGAUAGGGCAUGACAUAGUUCAGUAGGCUACCAGAUACCUUUGUCUCCCAUUCUGUGCUGGGAAUCGAGGGCAAUCCAGCCCUGUCAAGACUAGUCAUAAUAAUGCAUUUGUAAUGAGGCGAUGCCUUUCUGAUGAUCUCAAAUUAGGAGUAACAUUUGUUUUUAAAAACAGGUUGGUGAGUAGCAGAUGUCGUAUUAGGAAGAAAAUGGAUUUAGAUUUUAGUGCCUUUGACUAUGACAUAACUAUAUACUUAUAUAUAAAAUUCAUAGAAGAACUAUAGCAAAUACGUCAGACAUUCUAGCAAACUAUAUUGAGUCUGCUCUGGCGUCAGAUUUUUGGGGAUUUUUUUUAAAGUGAAAAUUUUUUUUAUAGAAACCUAUUUUGGAAAAGAAAAAUCCCUGUUUUGUUCUUUCUUCUGCUUUUGAACUUGCUGAGUUUUAUCAAGUCAUGAAUAGUUAGAUAAAGUUAACUAUUGUUUAAAAAAGAAAAAAGACUGUUGUGAAAGAGCACAGGACAAGUAUGCCAUAAUUUUACAUGUUUUCAUCUAUUACAGGAAUAGUACUUGAGAGCUGUAAGUACUGUGUAACAAUUCUGAUACCCCUCCACACGGUAGAAGGAAGAGAACCGAUCGGAACUUUUUCCUGCAGUAAAAAUAGGAUUUAGUAAAAGGUAUGUGUGGUAUAUUUGCAAGCCCAGGAUAUGGUAGGAUCUAGCUCCUUGCUCAUGUGCCUGCAGAACUCCCACUAAUACCUGUCGUAGUUCAGUGCAUAUUCUAGGGGACAAUACAUGCCGUCUAUUAUAGAAAAGACCUUCCUAAUAUGAGUAAGUAAACCACAGUAAGCAGAAAUUCCAGUUAUUUUGAAUAAUGAAUGUUUGUAAAUAUAUAGAUAUAUAAAAUUCAAAUAGAUAAAAUCAAUUAAAAUUCAGUCAUUCAAAAAAAACCAGACUAAUUGUAAAAAUGUUUCAAUAGGGUUUCAAAAACAGAUACGGAUAAAUUACGCUCAUCUCUUAUGUGAGGUUAGCUUUGCCGCUUAAUUUCUAUGGAAGUUCUUGUAGAAGGUCUUUGGUAUUCCUUCAUCCACAGCAUUUGAUGUCCAAAUAUUAACAUUUUCAGUUGUGAUGCCUUAAUUUAUAAGCAGAGGGCCUGAAAUUUCAGGAGCCAAGAGAUGCCAGCCAGAAGCUGCAAAAAUUAAUAGAUGUUUAUACAGAGGCUAUUUUGGAUGAUACUGUUGUCUUGUUUCUACUUGGGGAACACUUUUAAAUGGCUUAGUCUUCAAGUGGAAAUUGUGAACAAGUGGCUACCUGAUAGAGUUGUGUUGGUUUUUUUCUUGCCCUUAUAGGGAAACUGAGCACAAACUGAAUCAUUCUGCUGCAAAAAAAAAAAAAGUCAUCCAACCCCAUCUUUAUCUGUCAUCUCGUUACAGCAUGCUCAUGCUUCUGUAUGAGCUCAUUGUUAGAAGUUUUUUAAAAAGAUCUAUUAUAUAUAAAAAUAUAUAUGUAUUGAAAGGUGCUAAUCAACCUCAAGCAGGUCACGUGACUGGUCAUGCGGAUCUAAAAUCAUAUCAGAUUUUUUAAAAAAUCUUCGAUAUAUGCAGAUGUUAUACAGAAUUUCUUACCAGUGUAAUAAUGAUAUACUGAUGAAUAAACAAUCCUGCAGGUUUUUAAGGACAAGGUCAGCAAUACUUCCCACCAUGGCUUGCGGGGGAAAAGGAUAGUUUUGUCUCCUUUUUGUACACAGCAUAAUGCACAAUGCAUUUUUGUCUAUCUCUUAGUAGCUGUUGCUUAAAAAUAUAGUUAAAAGGGUGUUAUACAAACUGUAAAGGUGUGCUUUUGAAAUGAGUUAAUGCCAGACCCUUCUGGACCAGAGUUUUGUAUCACUAAUUAAAAAACUGUUACAGAGUCUGUGGUCAAUCAGAUUGUAUGAUAUUUUUUUAAGAAGAUUGGAAUAAUCAGUCUAUCUACAGUGUUUCUAGGGCACCUACCUCCUCAGCACGCAAGUGCUGAAAACGCUAUGGAUUGUUUCUGUGUAACUGUGGGUUUAUUUGUACAAAACGUGCAGCUCACUGUGACGUGCACUGGGACAGAAUAGGUCUGUUUGCUUAAAGCUGAUCAACAAUUGCUUUCACAAAUGUCAUUCCCUCGGAGUUACGUUUAGUACCCUUUUAGAUAUAUUGCUGGGUUUAGAUACAGAUUUUUUAAAUUAUUUUUUUCUUUUUUCAAAUUUGGGGUACUUUAUAAGAAGUUAAGGUACAACCAAGUAGCUUAUUUCACUGUUUUCUAAGUUGGAGUGCUAGUUUUUUAUGAGCACUACUCAGUUUGCCUUAUUCAUUAAAAAGAGACUGUUGGGUUUGGGUUUUUUUAAUUCUUUUGCUUAAUGUUCCUAAAAACCCUGUUCUGUGAACUGAGUUAGACAACAAAACCGUAGACUUGACGUGAAACUAUUACUUAGUCACGCUUCAAGUGGCCUUCCUUCUGCCUACGCUGCUGUAGCACUGACUUUUCACCAUCUCAACCCCAAUGCUGAUCAUAGCAGGGGGAGGGCACACUAGCGUUCUGACCUCAGAUGUACUAUGAAAUCAAGGCAGUCAAAUCCAUUUGCACACCCUGGCGUUUGUAUACGGACCUCUUUACUUGUCUUCAAAUGUGCGGGUUUUUAAAAUUGUUGUCUGGAGUAGGUUACAUCUCUUAUGUGUGUUAGAUCGAACCAAAGAAGCCUCCAGCCAUGCCCAAAUGCUGCUCCUAAAGCCUGCCUUCCAGUCCUUACAAAAUCCCUGCAGGAUUAAAUGUGUUAACUUUUUUAUUUUUGUACAGUUUCUAACUGAUUUUUGCUAGUGAUGUUAAUUGAAUUAAGUUUAUUAUUUGGGGAGUCUGAAUAUCUCCUCCAUUUAAAUAAACUGGUGACUUUCCUUUUAUGUUUAAAA